AUGUCUUAUGCUGAAUUUACGGAAGUUCCGAAGGAAGCUUCGGAAGUUUCGAAGAAAAUCAAUUUCGGUUCCGUAAGAUUCACGGAAGUUCCGAGGAGAGCUUCGGAAGUUCCGAAGAUAGCAGAAUUCGGUUCUACAAGAAUCACGGAAGUUCUAAAGGAAGCUUCAGAAGUUUCAAAGAAAAUCGAUUUCGGUACUAUAAGAUUCACGAAAGUUCCGAAGCUUCACCUCAUCCCCCUCUUUCUUCCGUACACGCUUCCAAUACCUCCCACUCCGCCCAUGGCCACACCGCCGCCGGUCAUCCCGUGGCGCCCGGAUCCCUCUCCCGCCGUCCUCCCCUGGCCCGACCUGCUCGCCGGGGCCGCCUCCGCCGCCCGCCGCCUCGUCGCCGCCCACUCCCGCCACUUCCUCGCCCUCUCCUCGCUCCUCCUCCUCCCGCUCUCCCUCCUCCUCCUCUCCCUCCCGCCGCCCUUCCUCCCCGCGCCCUUCUCCCCAUCCGUCUCGCUCCGGUCCCCUCCGGGGAGGGCCCCCCUGCGCGGCGUGCCCCUCACGCUCCUCGCCCUCGCCGCCGCGGGUCUUUACCUCGCGGCCUUCGCCGCCGCCGCCGCCAGCGCGCACGCCGGGUUCUUCGGCCGCCCCGUCAGGCUGCUCGCGUCGCUCCUCUCCGUGCCGGCGUCCUUCCUCCGUCUCCUCCUCACGGCGCUCCCGGCCGCGCCGCUGCUGCUUCUCCCGCUCCUCCCGCUCCCCGUCCGGAUUAGCGCCGCCCUCGCGGUUCUUGGCCUUCUCCUGCUAGUCCCCUUCUGGUCGCUCGCCGGCGCCGCCGCGGUGGUGGAGUCCAGCGCCGGGCCCUCCCCGCUCCGCCAGAGCUGCCGGCUGCUCUCCGGCGCGCGCCUCGCCGCACUCUGCGCGUUCUUGGUCUUCGCUGCCGGCAUAGGGGUCACGCUCUGGGGAUUCGGUGGGGUAGCAUCACACACGUACGACGCCAGCUCUGGGUGGGCUGGCAUGGCGCCGGCGGUGGUGAGGGCGGUGGUCGGCACGGCGGUGCUGGUGGUGCUGAUGCUGUAUGGGAUGGUGACCAACGUGGUGCUCUACAUGCACUGCCGUGCGCUUCAUGGGGAGCUCACAGGGGAGAUCUACAAUGAAUUCGCCAACUCGUACGUCUUCCUGCCGUUCGACGACGGCAAGGAUCGGCAUAUAGUGUCAGUGGUCACCGCGUGGCCAUGAUUGUCGAUUGCCGUGGUGGUGCCCUGCAAUUGUGCAAAUGGUAAGAUCAUAUAUUCUGCUAUUAGUCUUAUCCUUAAAAUGUAUAUGGUGGUUGAGAUUUAUUUUCAGGUAACAUAAUAUCUUUCAGAUGUACACUGUUGUUUCAAUAUGCACUGAAUAAUAAAAUAGUUCUUGUUCUAUUUUCAAACAAUGUGGAUAUAGAUCAGGUUCAUGUAUAAUAGUGGUGAUUUUAGAGUUCAUUUGAGACGAGAUGCCAGAAAAGGCUCCAAUCUUCUUAUUGAAUAGCCAAUAUAUAGAUUCUUUUUUUCUUCUUUACUGGUGGAGUGGCAGAUGUGUAGUCUUGAUAAAGGUUGUUUUACUCGGUGCAUUUCUUACGCGCUUGUUUGGUAAACUAGAAAAUGCCCUAUUCCUGUUGCAUACUGCUAGAAAAAUAUUAAUUGUUUCAGUGCUAGGAAUUAAGAAA